CUUCACUUUCCUUCACCUGUCCUUCAUUGCUCAUUGAGUCCAUUCCAUCUCCUUUUUUUUCUUCUCUCCCUCAUUUCAAAAAUUAUUGUAUUUGAAUUUCAAACCUAAAAAAAAAGCAAUGUCAAUGAGAAAGUGUGGACUGAUCUUCUUGAGAUUCCUUAUUUUGAUUAUCAGUGCAGGAGCUUUAGGAUGUCAUGUUGCCCAGAUUGUCCUUUUGGAGAACUACAGUAGUCAGAACAAAAACGUUGGGUCUUGGUGGCCAUCAAUGGUUCCUUAUAUUCUGUACUUUGUUGGACCAGGAUUCUCUGUGAUAUGUGCCCUCACGCUCGUUAUCUCGACCUGGACGAUCCAAGCAAUUCGACACGACAGAAUCCUCUCAGGCUUCAAUAUCGCGCUUCUUAUAGCCGUCAUAAUUUAUAGUACCAUGAAAUCAGGUACCAUUCCUUGGACAAACGGACAGGUUACUGAACCUUCAUCGACUCCGUAUGGCUUUGCAAGCUACUGCGAUACCUAUAGUAAGGAUCAGACCACGUUUUACCGAUGCUGGCUCGUCAAUGGUACCUGGCUGGGUAGUAUUAUUUCUGCCGCUCUUUGGAUCAUCCUAUUUAUUUACACUGUUGCUCAGAAAAAAUCAGAUAUCUAUUGUGAGAACUACGAUCCCUACGACUUCAAGUCCGAUGUCCCCAUGGCUAAGGCCUCUGCUCCAGUCAAGCUUGAUUCUGGAUUCCGUGAUAUUCAACCCGUGGCUCGAACUGCAACCACUUCUUAUCGACCAAAGUCUGUUGUUCAUCCUUAUCCGAGUGUGGACAAUAAUCAAGGCGAUCCCAACUACGGAUAUUAUAGUUACUCUGCGUACGAUGGUUACUAUGAAGGCUAUGGUGCAUCUACUAAUGUACCUGUUGGUUCCCAACCAGCUGGAGUUCCACCUGUAAUACCUAUACACCAACAACAGCAGCAACAACAGCAACAACAGCAACAUUACCAAAACUCCCCAGGAGUUGUCCCGCCUGCUUUUGUCUAUCGAGACCAAGAUUACCAUCCACAAGUUGCUACUGAGGAUAAUGUGGUAAUGAUGGCAUCGGAUGCCAAUGAAAGACAACCCCAGUACGCAACGUAUGGGAACGUACCUGGACACAGUCCUACAGGAAGAUAUGGUACAAAUACUUCCUCACCCCACACACCCGACGGUAGAAAAUUUUAAAAUUUUAAAAUGAUAAUAAUAAUGAGUUAUUCUAAUGAUCUUCGAGUCAGUUCAAUGCUUAUUUGAUGAAAUUUUCAGUUUAUUAUUAUUCUGUUAAUAAAUAUAAUAUAAAUAUUCGAAUACGAAGAAAAUGAUACAAACU